AUGAGCUUGAACAUUUUGGUAUUGGGAAACGGUGGUAGAGAGCACGCCUUGGUGUGGAAGCUGGCGGAGUCUGCCUCGGUGCGUAAAAUUUUUGUCGCUCCUGGUAAUGGCGGGACUGCGAAGAUCGGUGGUAAAGUCGUAAAUGUGGGUGAGUUGAGCCCAGUGCCAGCCCAAUUUGAUGCCCUCCAAAAAUUUGCAGUGGACCAUCAGGUGGGACUGGUUGUUCCUGGUCCGGAACAACCACUUGUGGAUGGAAUCGCUGAUGUUUUCCAGAAAGUUGGUAUUCCAGUGUUUGGGCCAUCCGCUAAGGCCGCUCUUUUCGAGGGUUCUAAGACUUUCUCGAAAGACUUUAUGGCCAAGCAUAACAUUCCAACCGCCCGCUACGCAAACUUCAGUGACUACGAAUCAGCGAAAUCCUAUCUGGAGAAAAUCGAUUACAGAAUUGUUUUGAAGGCCGACGGUAUUGCCGCCGGUAAGGGUGUUUUAAUCCCCAAUUCUACCGAGGAAGCACAAGAAGCACUCAAGGCGAUGAUGGUCGAAAGACAGUUCGGUGCCGCAGGUGACUCUGUUGUAAUCGAGGAGUUCCUGGAAGGUGACGAAAUCUCGAUUUUGACAAUUUCCGACGGUUACACCUCCUUUAGUUUCCCACCUGCUCAAGACCACAAAAGAGUUGGUGAGAAUGACACAGGCUUAAACACUGGUGGCAUGGGUGCCUAUGCCCCAGCGCCAGCUGCCACGCCAGCUCUUUUGAAGCAAAUGGAGGAAGAAUCCAUUAAGCCAACGAUCAACGGAAUGAGAAAGGACGGCCGUCCUUUCGUUGGUGUGCUUUUUACCGGAUUCAUUUUGACCAAGACGGGACCUAAGGUGCUCGAAUAUAAUGUGAGAUUCGGUGAUCCUGAAACUCAAACCGUUUUGCCUUUGUUGUCGGAGGACACCGAUUUGGCUGAGGUCUUCGUUGCUGCUGCUGAACACAGACUGGACUCUGUAAAUAUCAAGAUCAAGGAAAAUUGUUAUGCUACAACGGUUGUACUCGCGGCCGGUGGUUAUCCGGAAACCUAUGCCAAGGGAGACGCUAUUACCAUUGACAGAAGCAAGCUUCCCAAGAAUGCUUACAUUUUCCACGCCGGUACCAAGGAAGAAGGUGGAGAAGUUUUAACAGCAGGUGGCAGAGUAAUUGCUGCCUCUGCCGUCGCUCCAACUUUGAAAGAAGCAGUAGCAAAGGCGUAUGAAGGUGUUGAGUGCAUUCAGUUCAAAAACAGAUACUUCAGAAAAGAUAUUGCCUACCGUGCUUUCAAACUUGCUGAACAAGCAGAAAAAAUGACACAAUCAAUCACUUAUGCUGAGGCUGGUGUUUCAGUCGACAAUGGAAACCUCUUGGUUCAGAAAAUAAAAGAAAAGGUCAGGUCUACUAAGAGAUCUGGGGCAGAUUCCGAUAUUGGUGGGUUCGGUGGUCUUUUCGACCUAAAAGCUGCUGGUUACAACACAGAUGAGACCUUGCUGGUAGCGGCCACAGAUGGUGUCGGCACCAAGCUCAUUAUUGCUCAAGAGACUGACAUUCACGACACUGUUGGAAUUGAUUUGGUUGCCAUGAACGUCAACGACUUGGUUGUUCAAGGUGCUGAACCAUUGAUUUUCCUUGACUACUUUGCUACCGGUGCAUUGGACAUAAAGGUUGCUUCAGACUUUGUUUCUGGUGUCGCUGAUGGCUGCAUAACUGCCGGCUGUGCUCUGGUUGGAGGAGAGACGUCUGAAAUGCCAGGUAUGUACCCAGUGGGACACUACGAUACCAACGGUACAGCCGUGGGUGCGGUUAACAGGAACAAGAUUUUACCCAAGAUUGAGAACAUGGCAGCUGGAAACGUCUUGUUAGGUCUUGGGUCUGACGGUCUGCACUCUAAUGGGUUUUCGUUAGUGAGAAAGAUCAUCGAAACUACCAAUCUUCAAUGGGGAGAAGAAUGUCCAUGGGAUUCAUCCAAGACUGUUGGUGAAGCUGCACUAGUUCCUACCAGAAUCUACGUCAAGCAGCUUCUUCCAUCAAUCAGAGAAAAUCUAUUAUUAGGUCUGGCUCACAUUACGGGAGGUGGACUUGUAGAAAACAUUCCCCGCGCUCUGCCCAGCCACUUGCAGGCCGAGGUUGACAUGAAAAACUGGGAAGUUCCUGAGGUUUUCAAAUGGUUUGGAAAGGCCGGAAACGUUCCUGUGGACGAUAUUUUGAAAACUUUCAACAUGGGUAUCGGCAUGGUUUUGAUCGUCGAAAAGCAAAAUGUCACCAGAGUGAAGCAAUUGCUGUCACAGGCUAAUGAGACGGUCUAUGAAAUAGGUUCGCUAGUCGAGAAACCGGCUGACGCUCCCGGAUGUGUUGUGCACAACGCAACCAACUUAUACUAA